AAGGAAGGUGUGACGCACUUCCGCCAGCUGUUCUUGUUUUGCUGCUGCUACUCCGCAACCACCGAACCCCCGAACUCCGAGCAGGACCGGAGCCCCGCCUGGACGGUUCCUCCGCCGCUCCCGCGUCUCUCCCCGUUAAGCCGCAUUGGAGUCCACAUCGAGGACGGAAGUGAAGCCGGUCCCGGGCUUCCAGACGGGUGCGGAGGGGAGGGGGGAGGUCGCUGGAAGCCUAAAUUAUGGAGGCGGCGGAAGGCGCGGGCGCCACCGGCGAAGCGGACGAGCCGCGGCCCCGGUUCGGAUGCGCUUCCUUCAACCAAGACUCCACGUCGCUAGCUUUGGGAACAAGGACAGGCUACAAGAUUUUUUCCCUUUCUUCUGUAGAACAGCUGGAGUGCAUCUACCAGAACGCAGAGGUUCCUGACGUCUUCAUCGCGGAGCGUCUGUUCUCCAGCAGUCUGGUGGUGGUGGUGAGCCGUGCCGUGCCUCAGCGCAUGACUAUCUACCACUUCAAAAAGGGAACAGAGAUCUGCAGCUACAGCUAUUCCAGCAACAUCCUGGCUGUGAAGCUCAACAGACAGUGGUUGGUGGUGUGCCUUGAAGAAUCCAUUUACAUUCACAACAUCAAAGACAUGAAGCUGAUCCAGACUCUGCUCAACGUGCCGCCAAACCCCUCAGGUCUCUGCGCUCUCUCCAUCAAUAAUUCCAACUCCUUCCUGGCAUACCCCGGCAGUGCCACGACUGGAGAGAUUGUGGUGUACGGUGCCAACACUCUGAGCACAGUGACGGUGAUCUCUGCCCACGAUGCUCCUCUGGCAGCUUUGACCUUCAACACCUCAGCCAAUAAACUCGCCAGUGCUUCAGAGAGGGGUACCGUCAUCCGAGUCUUCUCCAUUCCUGAAGGCCUCCGUCUCUUUGAGUUUCGCCGAGGCUUGAAGAGGUAUGUCAGCAUCCGGUCUCUGUCCUUCAGUCCGGAUGCUCUCUUCCUCUGCGCCUCCAGCAACACUGAGACUGUUCACGUCUUCAGGCUGGAGCAGCUGGAACCGACGGAGGGGGCGGAGCCCGCCACCUGGACCUCAUACGUGGGAAGGAUGCUCUCAGCAGCCAGCAGCUACCUUCCCGCUCAGGUGUGUGACGCCAUGAGCCAGGACCGCGCCUUCGCCACCGUUCACCUCACGCCAUCCGCUCACAGCAGCGUCUGCAGCUUGGUCAGCAUCCAGAAGCUUCUGCAGCUGCUGGUGGUCACGGCUGACGGCCAGCUCUGCGUCUUUAACGUGGAUCUGCAGGAUGGCGGCGAGUGCGAGCUGCUCUUCAAACACAGCCUCUUUGACGACCACGGCAGCACAGCGAAGAGCAGAGAGUCCGCAGACUCAGAACAGACUGUGUGCCCCCCCUCAUACGCUGCGACCGCCGCCUUACCCGCCUCCCGGCCCGUCACUGCGACCCUCACCGGUUACUCUGAGGACAGCGGGGCAAAGAGGGGGGAGGUCAUCCCCGAGCACGAGUUCGCCUCUGGACCCGUGCGUCUGGACGACGAGAACGAGUUUCCUCCUAUAAAGGUGUGCCGUGACGGAGCCGCCGGCUGCAGGGGGGGGCCCUUGUGAUCACGGAGGAGCGCCGACGGACAACCGGUGCAUCCGACGCAUCAGCCGUUACCGACGGGAAGAGAAGACCUGAACCUCAGAGUGAGACGUGGAAGCAACCUCCUGAAGAAACGGUCCGGGCCGAGAGAAAGAGCGGCUCCGGCGGCGCUCUGCUCGUCUUCUGCCUCCUCCUCGCUCGCUCUGGAGCUUCAGAAAGCCGCGCGUGAGCCGGGAAUCCUCCGGUCGCUGACCUUCCUCUGGAAGUCAGCGUGCAUGCAGGGGACGACAUUUAACCACAGGUUUCAUAUAUUGGACACAUUUUAUGAACAGCUGUAGCAACAUUUUAGUUUGAAUGCCUCUCACUGAGAGUUUAAGUCGGCAAUGUGACAUUUAAGGACAUUUAAGGAGGAUGUUCCCAAUAAUCUGUAAAGGAAUUUUACUACAUGUAGCCCAAGUGAACAAAAUAAACUCAGAAAAAGGAA